CGCGGAACCUUUGAACCGAGUACUCGGGCCAACAGGGGAAGAGCAUCGGCGGGGACUUGUCAGGACGAUUUGGAAAGAGGAAAGGAAGAGGAGGAGCGAGGAUCCAUGGCGGCUUUGGUUGCUGUUUGUGGUGAUCUAGGGAGGAAAAAGUUAACGCAUUUCGUAAAGGCUGCUCUCUGCCUCACAGAUCCUGGGACUCACGCGGUGCUAUGGAGGAGUUGUUCACAAUAUAAGCACGUAGCCGGCAAUGAGGACCUGCCCGUUCCAAUGGAAAAUCCUUAUAAGGAGCCUCUUAAAAAAUGUAUCUUGUGUGGAAAACGUGUGGAUUAUAAGAAUGUACAGGUCUUUGUGGGAAGAAACAGAAAGAAAUCACAAAAGCAAUUAAGAGGGCGCAAAUAAUGGGUAAGAGCACCUGAAAAACUGAAUUGGGCCAGUCAAAAGUUUGCUCAUUAUCUUUUGUGAAGCACUUUCAUUGUCUUUUACAGGGUUUAUGCCAGUUACAUACAAGGAUCCUGCAUAUCUCAAAGACCCUAAAGUUUGUAACAUCAAGUAUCGGGAAUAAAUUAUAGGAGUCUUAACAUCCAUAAAUAAACAUAUUUUACAAUAAA